AUGGCGGGGGCCGCCCCAGCGAAGCCUGGAGCCUGCCGCUGGGUGGCCGCCGCGGCGGCGGCGGCCCUGGCGGUGGGCAGGGCCCUCCUGAGCUGCCCGGCGCACGGGAGCCCCCCGGACACCUCCGUGAACGUGGGCGACAGCGGCUGGGAGGAGGCGCUCCGGCGCAACCUGGCCGAGCACGGCUACGCGCACGUGGUGGGGCUGCUGAACCGGAGCGAGGUGGGCAGCCUGCGCGCCCUGGCCGAGGACUACUGCUACGGCGCGGUGCGGAGAGCGCUGCCGCUGUCCUACGGCGGCUACAGCGUCCCCGGCUUCCUCGACCUCCCCGAGUUCGAGCGCGCACGGUGGCUGCCCGAGGACCCCCGUGUCCACACCCUCCUGCGGGCCGCCUUCGGCGGCACCGACUACCGUUUCGCCUCGCACAACGACGUGGGUUGCGACUUCGUGGGGGUGUGGCACAAGGACGUCCUCCGCGGGAACGUGGCAAGCUACCAGGACUGCGACGUGUGGUCCAGUGACGGCGCCGGCGCGCGGCACGAGGUCUACAAGGUGAUGUUCUAUUUGCAGGACCACGAACACGACGAAGAGGCACUCAAGGUGAUCCCCGGCUCCCACGUCGAGCGUCGAACCCCGUGGGAGAAGGGAUACACCGCACUGCACCCCCACAUGGGCGACACGGUCAUAUUCGAUCAGAGGCUGUCGCACGCUGGGAACACGUUCUACAACCCUUUCUCCAAGGGGCGCCUGUUCAUGCAGGUAGGCUUCGGCCGCGCCAACAGGUUCACAGACGAGUUUGAACUCGGCACCAUCCAGCGCCAGAAGACGUUGCAGGCUAGGAUGCUGAGCUCCACUGGGCAGAGCAGCGCGCUCGCCAAGCAUUGGGCGGACCUCCGGAUGGCCGCGACCGGCUCGCUGCUCACGGCGUUGCCGCCCUCGCUGCUGAACCACUUCGCAGACGCCGAGGUGAAGAGGCACGAGAGCCGCAGCUGCGCGGGGCGGGCGUGA